UACUCCCUUCUCAUGCCCUUCUUUUCUCUUUCAGUUCAUAGCACUUUUUUCUUUUCAUUUUCCUUUUCCCCAGAUAUAUAUAUAUAUAUAUAACCACUCUCAAACACCCUUUCGCCCUAAACCAAAGAAACUCUCUUAUCUGAUCUAUCGUCUCCCCCCGUCUCUGAUUCUGUCUCUGUCACUGUCUUUUGUCUGAUCUCUCUCACGAUCUAAUUAAUGGCCAUGGCUAACCAAGAAGGGCAAGGGAUCAAGCUAUUUGGAACAAUAAUUACGUUGCAUGGAAGACAGCAAGUAAAAGAAGAACAAAACAAAACUGAUCAUCAAACAGCGGAUAAGAGACCAGACAAGAUCAUACCUUGCCCUAGAUGCAAGAGCAUGGAGACCAAAUUUUGUUACUUCAAUAACUACAACGUUAACCAGCCUAGACAUUUCUGUAAAGGUUGCCAGAGGUAUUGGACGGCAGGUGGAGCCCUUCGGAACGUUCCGGUGGGGGCUGGUCGCCGGAAAGCCAAGCCACCGGGUAGUGGUCUUGGUGGUUUCCCCGAAGGGUGUUUGUAUGAUGGGUCUAGUGGGGUGCACCAGUUUGAGUUGGAGGGGAUUGCGUUGGAUGAGUGGCAUGUAGCGGCCGCUAAUGGUGGUUUCCGGCAAGUUUUCCCAAUGAAGCGGAGGCGGAUAAGCUGUUCAGUAGGCCAAAAUCAACCUACCGAUGAGGAGUCCAUGAUACAGUUUACCUAAUCAAAAUUUGAGAUCACCGGCAACGUUGAUCAAGUGAUAUGGAUCGAUGCGGAAUCAUCAUCAUCAUCAUCAGUAUCAUCUUUGAUUAUGCAUGUGCUAUAAAUUGGAUGGCAAAUAUUCAUCGGACGAAGGGUUGAUGCAUGGUUCGCGUAGGUAAAUGGAAUGAAACUGCUACGAUUUUAUGUAUAACGUCGAGACUUUGGAGCAAAACCCUGGAAGAAUUCUAAUCGCAUUAGUUCAUAUUCAUCGAGAAUGUGAAUAUUUUGAUCUCUGGAGAGUCCUGUGAUGUCAAUGGGUCUUCAAUCAAGGAGAGUCUUGUGAUGUGAAUAUAGUAUUACUCAUUGUAAAAAAAAAACAGUUGUAUAUAAUUCAUCUAGUAAAUUCAAUAUUUUGAGUAGAAAAAAAAGUAUAAGAAGAAAUCUUCCUUUUCUUUUGUUUGACUGCUGCUUGAUGAAGUUUGGGGUA